AUGGAGGGGCGGAGCUGUGAGAAGCAGCGUAAUUUGCGGUUAAAUACGGUUAUUGGGACCACGUUACUCAAGGGCAAAGUACUCGAGAUGGAAGCUUUGGAGAACUUAUUCGUGCAACUGCUUAUUGAUAACUAUGAAGAAGCAGACAGUGAAGAUAUUUCGGGAGCUCCUGAUGGUUUGCUCGCUGAUGCCGUUGAGCCAAGUGAUGAUGAAGAUAGUGAAGGGGAGUCUGACGCCGGAAAGAAGCUUCUUGAUCUGCCGUACACGGUCAAAGGAAUGGAUGUCUCAUUUUCUGGUAUAUUGUCCACAAUAGAGAGUAAGGCACCGCAGCUAUUAGCUUCAGGAGAGUAUACAGUUGAAGAUCUUUGUUUCUCUUUGCAAGAAACGGUGUUCGCAAUGCUUGUUGAAAUAACCGAGAGGGCAAUGGCGCAUACAGGAAGCCAGGAGCUGCUUAUUGUCGGAGGAGUUGGCUGUAAUGAAAGGCUGCAGGAAAUGGCCAAAUCUAUGUGUGUUGAACGUGGUGCGCAUCUCUUCGCCACAGACGAACGUUUUUGCAUUGACAACGGGGCGAUGAUAGCCCAAGCUGGGUGUCUCAUGUACCAGGCAGGACUAAAAUUUGAGGUACUGGAGUUCAUUUACGUAGUUGCAGAGUACUCACUUGCUUUUUUACUGCACAUGCCUCCUGUGUGA